AUGAACACAAUUGGGCGAGUUGUGAUUGGAUUAAUAUCAGACCGCAAAUUUCCAUGCAAAUAUGGAAAAAAUAUGGAACGGAAUAGAUUAGGCAUAUACGUAAUAUCGUUGACUUUAUGUGGUUUAUUAACUGCUGGUGUUUUUUUGUGCGAAGGUUAUAUAACGUUAUCUAUUUACUCUGGUUUAUUUGGACUAACACUGUCAUCAUACGUAUGCCUUACGUCGGUACUACUCGUUGAUUUAUUGGGCAUUGGAAAAUUGACCAAUGCUUUUGGAUUGAUUCUACUUUUUCAGGGUGUUGGGCAACUAGCAGACGUGACUGGUAAUUACAACAUGUCUUUUGUUUUUUGUGGAAUCUCAUUGCUGGUUUCGGGUUUAAUGUUAAUAGUUAUUCCAUCUAUUCAACGCAAACGACGUAAGCAGACGAUGAAUCCCGUGGCAUCUCCUAAUGCUUAA